AUGUCUCCCGCCCACCACGCUGAGCUCAGGGAGGCAAUCAAAAAGACAGUCGACAUGUUCGUCCGCGGGUACCAGGUCGCCAGCGAGCACAAGGACACCAAGUACCUGUCGACGGUGCUGACGCCCGACUGCACGCGCUACUUCAGCCCGGCGUCGUUCCUCGUCCUGUACGGCGCGCCGCCGGGCGUCGGGCUCGACAACGCGGCGUACGAGGCGUCGUUCGCGGCCGAGCUGCCGUACGGGUGGUGUGUGGGCUCUGACCUCGCCAACGUCACCAUCGACACGGACGCGCGCACCGCCGCCGCCACCUCCACGUACACGAUGCAGUUCGCCGACGGCACCACGCUCGCCGACUUCGAGUUCGCCUGGUUCCUCAACUUCAGCGCCGACGGCGCCAGGGUCUCCAAGAUCGUCGAGUGGGUCGACGCUACCACCACCGGAACGUUCCACGCCAAGAUCAAGGAGCUGCAGGCCAAGGCGGAGGCCGGGGAGAAAUAG